AAAAAAGGCAGUGCUUUCCCCUCAGGUUUUCUUGGUUGUGUUCAACACAACCAAGAACCAAGGAUUUGUGGGAGAGCUGAUUCGAUUCCAUUCAAGAAUUUCGGAUGUUUUUUCAGACAGAUCUGAUCAUCUGUUGUUUCCUUCGAUUUGCAGAAAUGGGGGAAUUUUCUGAUCUCCAAUAAUGUUUACCGCCAUUGCAGAGCUCUGCCGAGCGACAAACAAAACCAGAAGUGCUUGUCUUCCAACGAGUUCAUAUCACUAACCGCUCCGAAUAUGGUGACAACGAAGAAGGGUCUUCUGAAAGGCCUGCGUUACAUUACUCAUAUUUUCGAAGAGGAGAAGAAGGAGCUGGAGAUGCAGAUUGGGUUUCCGACAGAUGUGAAGCACGUUGCCCACAUCGGGUCCGACAGUCCCUCCGUCAACACACCUAGCUGGAUGAAUGACUUCAAGCCUCGAGAUCAAGGAAACGGGAGAGCUGCCUCCGGAGGAGAAUGCCCCAAACUCAACCCAGAUGUGUCUGCAGGGAAGAAUCAAAGGGGUGUCGGGUUAUUGCCAUUGAUGGUCCAAACCCAGAAACCGAGGAACAAGACGAGGCGUAAAUCCAAGGCGAGCUCCCCGACCGACUCUCCGACCAGAUCACGAACGAGCGGUUCUGGCGAUGACGCGCCGUCGAAGCCUUCACGACGCAACCGGAGCUCAAACCUGUCGAUGGACACGUCAGAUGCAUCGGUCAGGAGGAGGAGUCACGUCUCAGUUCCCGACACCGAAGGGUCUUAUCCAGUUGGCGGCGAUGGCUCGGUUCCUCCGAGGAAGCCCACUUCCCGACACAGGCGGCUGAAGGGGUCGAACGGGGAAGAACUCUCUGUGAAGAAAUCGAGAGGCAAAGACGAGAAUUCUAACGUUGAAUCAGUCGUUACUUCUUACAGUUCUGAGAAAACGAGGAUAAAACGGUUUUUCUGAAAACUCCGAGCUCGGCGGCUAUGGCGGUUCUCUGGGUUUAGAACCUGAGAAUGCAUAUCAAGACGUUUUUCUCCAUUUACUUGAUCCGAUCUCAUCUAAACCUGAAACUUGUUUUAGAAAAGAUAUAAAAUCACUGCAUUUAAUUACAUUACUAAAUUAAUGUUAUAAUUUUAUUAAUAGAUCAAACAACAUAAAUCGUCUUCUGUUUCAGACAACUAUGAACUGUCAGUAAAUGAUCCACAGUUCAGUUCGUUCA